AUGUCCCCCCCCACCCUUCCCCCUCAGACGGUGCUGGCGAAGGCCCUGUUUGACAAUACAGCAGAGAGCCCUGAGGAGCUGGCCUUCCGGAAGGGGGACAUCCUGAUGGUUCUAGAACAGGAACAGGGAGGGGGUCCUGGCUGGUGGCUCUGCUCCCUCCACGGGCGCCAGGGCAUUGCACCCGCCAACCGCCUCCGCCUCCUCCACACUGCCCUGGGGUCGGACCCCCGACCCCCCAGCGAAGACUCUGUGUACCUCUCCCCUGGCCCCCUGGCCCGCACGGCAGUCUCCACGGAGGACGUAGACGGGGUCUACCGCACCCCACCUAGGCUGGGGGAGGCCCUGUACCAGAGCCCAGGGGCGGUGCCUGUCGCCUCUAGACCAGGGGUGCUCCGGCAGGCCGAGGUAGGGGGUCGCCCCCGUUCCCGCUCCAGCUCUGGCACACGCCCCCUACCCGAUUGGGACGUGGGGGUGACAGGGCGCCCGCGCUCGCCCUCCCUCCGAGGCAGAGAUACAGACUCAGCCGGGACUCUUGGGCCCCACUACCACAGAGCACCAGGGGGUCUGGCUGGAGCCCCUGGCCCAGAGAAUGUCUACCUGGCCCCCAGUGGGAUGCCCCGGGCGGUGGGUCUAGCUCCAGAGAGGCCAGAGGACAACACCUACCUGGUCCCCAGGGAGACCGUAGCGGCCGUAGGCCACUCUGAUGGCUGUUACCUUGUCCCCAAAGGUACUGUACUGCCCAGCGAGGAGGUCUACCAGACCCCCACAGGAGGGGCAGCAGGGGUGGCCGUGGUGACCCAGGUCACCCCCAUCGCUACCAGGAUCCUGGAGGCUCAGAGCCUCACCCCUUCACAGGUUAAUGGGGGUGGAGGGGCCCCCCUCAAGCCCCUCACCCCUCAAUCCAAACUGGCACAGGACACCCCUGGAAUGAUGUACCAGACCCCCACCGCUGUGGGAGCAGGGAUUCUCAGGACUCCACCCGUCCCUGCACUGGGAUCCCCCAAACCUCAGCUGAAAGGCGUGACCCCCAAAACCCCAGGGACCCCCAGAGGUCAGGGGGGUGUACCCUCCACCCCUCCCAUCGCCAGGGGGAAGCUAGCUCCGGCUACCCCCCUCAGGGGGUCUCCAUUGCUGGCCAGACCAGGACAGGGACAAGGCAGAGUGCCCAGGUCACCAAACUUUGCCCGUAAGCCCCCUCCUCCAGCCCCUCCAGUGAGGGGGGUCACCAGAAAAGAGUUGCCCCAGUCUGGAGCCCCUGUAUCCACCUCUAAGCCUGCCCUCUCCACUCCCCAGUCCACUCCUGUACCCUUGCAGCAGAAGAGCAAAGAUGGAAGGAUGACGUCGGAUGAAAAGAAGAAGAAUGGGCAGAAUAAGAAAGGAGAGGACAGAGCGUAUGCAGAUCCUGAUGACGAGAACCUCAAUGAACAGGUGAGCGAGAAAGACAAUCUCUUGUCAUGAUUAGGUCCCAGAGUUUUCCCCCGUCAAGUCAUGUAGUCAGGAAAAACUCCAACCCUAGUUAACCAAUGUGAACUAUAUAGCUGACAUUGUGACCUUGUGCUUAUAACCUGCUGUCUUGUGCCUGGUCUACUAGGUGUAUGAUACUCCUCCCAGCAGUAGGUGGCAGCGGCCAGCCCCAGCAGCGUUGUGUGACGAUGAGAACAUCUACAACACCCCCCGCUCCCUCCCCCCACACACUGACCUAGAGUCAGAGGUCAGUCAGGAUUCUUCCUCUACAGUGCAGACACCAUCUCUCUCCUCCUCUCACUCCCUCUCUUUUUUCUCCCUCCUCUCUCUAACUCCAUGUUUCUCUCUCUCCCUCUCCUCCCUUUCCCCCCUCAGCUCGCAACCUUCCCUCACCUGUUCUUCCCUCCCUCACUCACCCACUCUUUCUCUCACUCCCCCUCUUUCUCUCUAGGCUCAACUUUCCUUCACCUGUUCCUUCCCCCCCCCCCCCCCCCCCCCCCUCCCUCUCUCUGUCGGUCUUUCUCUCUCUGCCACACCUGUUUCUCUGUCGGCUGCACCCAGUCUGUCUGCUCUGAAUACUGCUGUUGCUAUUUUCUCCCAGUCACACCCAGCUGUCUAUACCGCAGUGGGAAUGUAAUGGCCAGGCUAUACAGUCUCCUCCUAGUUUCUCCUCCCCCUCUGUUCUUCUAGAAAGUACAUGCAAAACAAAUAGUACUACUGAAUAGGAGCUUAGAAUGACUUGAAGAACAAUAACGGUAAUAAUAGACUUGCUAUGCGCAAUUGACCCACAUUGUCCUGUGCAAUGAUCUUGGUGCACUUUACAGUGGUGCUUUAGACAUUAUUUCGUCUAACUGAGCAAUUGGUGUCUGGGCCAGGGGGCAAAACAGAAAGCAAUAUCCAAGAGGAAAGUAAAUAUUUAUUUUCUUUCUCCAUUUCUCUCUCUCUCCCUCCCUCCCUCCCUUUGUCUUUAUCUCCAUUACUCUCUUUCAGGUGUACAAUGUUCCCACCAUAAUACUCAACACGUCAUCAGAGGAGGACGUUUACAGCAUUCCCACACUUCCUGGCCUACACCUGGCCCCGGGGGACAUGUCCACCAUCAUCCCUCUGGAGGAGACUGAGCAUGGCCAGGUCUACUCUUUCCCCGGCCCAGGGAAGAGAGCUCCGCUGGGGCUGGGUGAGGGCAGCGACCCGGGCUCCACCUCCGAGUCGGACUGUGGCAUCUACAACAUGCCUGCUCUCACCCUGGACGUCCUGCCCUCUUCGGCGAUGUCGACGUCAUCUUCCACACAUAGGUUGUCUGUAUCCAGUAAUGGGUCUGGUGACGUCCAAUGGAGAACCUCGCUUUCCAGCCUCGUCCAAUCGGUGCUGAGCUCUGCCUCGGGUACACCUGCCUCCUCAAGGGACCUGGCCACCUCAUUGGCUGAGAUCCUGUCCAUCUGGAAGUUGAGUCAACCCAGCGAGGUCCCUCCCCCUCUCCAACAGGCUUGGGCCCGCCUCUCAGACUUACUUCCUGCUUUGUCCGCCGGUGGCCACGCCCCACCGUCAGACACCCUGCUCUCUAUGGUCCAACGGGCGCUGGAGGACUCCACCAUCCUGUUACAGACCCAGGGGCGGCCCCGCCUCCCUUCCCAGGAUUCCCUCUCCCGGAGACCCCUACCAGCCCUUCCGGUAGCUGAGGUCAAACCCAUAGGGAGUGGUAUGGGACCACGCAAGAGUAGCUGGAUCCAGGAGAGACCUUUACCCCCGACCCCGCAGCCAGCAUUCCCCCUGUCCCCCGCACAACCCUCCAUGACCAUGUCCAUUACGGUAGGGCAUAGCGAUGGAGAGGAGGAGAUGGGGAACGAGUACGCAGGGAUAGGUCUGACUCCCGCCCCGGCACCACUUCCUGUGGGAGACAGUGUGGGAUACGUGAAACUGCAGGUCAGUCUUCAGUCUGCUUGUUACGAUGGCUUUUGUUUCUCUCUCACCUCUCCCUUGCUGGCACAUAUUUUACAUUGUGUUUUAGGGGGAUUUCAGGAUUUUACAACUCAAGGUUAGAUAGAUCCUCACACUGAAAGCAUUCUAUGGGCCAGCAGAAACUGUAAUCCAUGGUUCGGUUUUCUUUAAACAGCCACUACAAACUGUACAAACCCUUCCCCUUUAAGCAGACGCCUUUAUUCAGAGUGACUUAUAAUAAUAAGUGCUCCUGUUGUAUGUUUGCCUCUUCUUCCAGUUAUUUUAUUGGACAGUAUCUGCUCUGUGGGGCCAUAGCUGUGUCUAAAGUGUUGUAUCUACAUUAUAUAUACAAAAGUAUGUGGACACCCCUUCAAAUUAGUGGAUUCUGCCAUUUCAGCCACACCCGUUGCUGACAGGUGUAUAAAAUCGAGCACACCGCCAUGCGAUCUCCAUAGACAUACAUUGACAGUAGAAUGGCCUUACUAAAGAGCUUAGUGACUUUCAACGUGGCACCGUCAUAGGAUGCCACCUUUCCAACAAGUCAGUUUGUCAAAUGUAUGCCCUGCUAGAGCUGCCCCGGUCAACUGUAAGUGCUGUUAUUGUGAAGUGGAAUUGUCUAGGAGCAACAGCGGCUCAGUCGCGAAGUGGAAGGCCACACAAACUCACAAAACGGGACCGCCGAGUGCUGAAGCGCAUAGCAACACUCACUACCGUGUUCCAAACUGCCUCUGGAAGCAACGUCAGCACAAUAACUGUUCGUCGGGAGCUUCAUGAAAUGGGUUUCCAUGGCCGAGCAGCCGCACACAAGCCUAAGAUCAUCAUGCGCAAUGCCAAGCGUCAGCUGGAGUGGUGGAAAGCUUGCCACCAUUGGACUCUGGAGCAGUGGAAACACGUUCUCUGGAGUGAUGAAUCACGCUUCACAAUCUGGCAGUCCAACGGACAAAUUUGGGUUUGGCGGAUGCCAGGAGAACGCUACCUGCCCCAAUGCAUAGUGCCAACUGUAAAGUUUGGUGGAGGAGAAAUAAUGGUCUGGGGCUGUUUUCAUGGUUCGGGCUAGGCCCCUUAGUUCCAGUGAAGGGAAAUCUUAACACUACAGCAUACAAUGACAUUCUAGACGAUUCUGUGCUUCCAACUUUGUAUCAACAGUUUGGGGAAGGCCCUUUCCUGUUUCAGCAUGACAAUGCCCCCGUGCACAAAUCGAGAUCAAUACAGAAAUGGUUUGUCGAGAUCAGUGUGGAAGAACUUGACUGGCCUGAACAGAGCCCUUACCUCAACCCCAUCAAACACAUUUCUCUGGAGUGGAACGGCGACUGGGAGCCAGGCCUAAUCGCCCAACAUCCGUGCCUGACCUUACUAAUGCUCUGGUGGCUGAAUGGAAUCAAGUCCCUGCAGCAAUGUUCCAACAUCUAGUGGAAAGCCUUCCCAGAAGAGUGGAGGCUGUUAUAGCAGCAAAGGGGGGACCAACUCCAUAUUAAUGCCCAUGAUUUUGGAAUGAGAUGUUCGACGAGCAGGUGUCCACAUACUUUUGGUGAUGUAGUGUAUGUUCACCUUUCCUCCGCAGGGAAAGCCAGAGCCACCCUCAGAUGCCCAGACAGAGAAUGGGUCAAACCAGACUGUCCACACCACAGAGCCUAGGGUAAAUAACACGCACACACUCAUUCUCACAUCUUACGCUCCCAAUUGUCACACACAUGCUUGUCAUUCUCACACACUUUGUUUUUACACCAGUCACCACGCACAUACACACACUCUCAUCCUCACAUUUUCACACCACAUACACACACUCUCACAUCUUCACACCACAUACACAAACUAUGGCCUCAGCUUAAUGAUUGAUUCCCUCUGUGUAUUUACUGAUGAGCUUUCUCUGUCCUUCAGUCCAGUGAGUCAACAUUGAUCUACCUUACUGUAGGUUACAUUGACAGUAAAUCUGCUCUCUGUACUUUAUCCAGUUUCAACCUGCCUGGAUCAACUCAACUUGUUUACCAUAACAGUAUCUCUAUCUUCAUCUCAAUGUCUCUUUUGCUUCUCUCUCUAUCUUUUCCCUCUAUCUUUCUCUAAAUUUUUCUCCCAGAGUCUGCAUUUUUGUAGGCUUAGGUUGCGUCAACUUGUGUCAUAGCCACACAACAAGAGGUCAUCUGUGAUUCUAAGUAUUUGACAUAAUAGACAAUGGGGGCCCAUGGCACAAUACAUGGCAGUUCCAUAAGAGACAAUGUUCAUCCCCGCCAUUACAAUGGUGGCCCUAUCUCACUGCAUCUCUCUCUCUCUCUCUCCCCACUAUGUCUCUCGCUCUCCCCAUUUCUAACUCUCUCUGUCUCUCUCUCUCCAGUUGAGCCCCUCCCCUCCUCUGCCCAUCUCUCUCUCUCUGGAGGACUCUGAGCUGCUGUCCUUCUAUUCGUCUCAGAGCCUGUCCCACCUCUCCUGUCUGGCCGACUCCAUCGACGUGCUCUUCAACAGUGUGCAGGGGAACCAGCCGCCCCGCGUCUUUGUUUCCCGGGGGAAGAGUUUGAUCGUGACGGCGCACAAGCUGGUGUUCAUCGGGGACACGCUCUCCCGCCUCCUGACCUCUCCUGACCUCAGGGCAAAGGUCAGCACACAUUUCAUGCCAAAAUGACACGGUCGUGACUUGUGUUCAAAAGGGCACACUGUAGCAAAACAGAAAAAUCAAAUGUAUGUUUCUCAUAGGGCAAGUUUAGGUAGUCUAGUCCCUACCUGUUGCAGUCUGUUUUCUUCCAUUCUAUGCCUAAUGAACACAACCCUGUAUUUCAUUCCAAAUGUAGGGUUCGAUACGAUAGUCAAACAUAAAGAACAGCUUGCAGCAGAAUUCAUUUGAGAUUUAGGUCAAGGUGAAAGGGAUUAAGGACAUUUAGGUAAGAUAUCUAUUUUUGUCUUUCUCUCUCCGUAGGUUACAACCUCAGGUGGGCGUCUGUGUCAGGCCCUGAAGGCUGUCGUUGUGGCGACAAAGGGGGCAGCACAAAACUAUCCAUCUUUCUCUGCCACCCAGGAAAUGGUGGACCGCGUGGCCGAGCUGUCCCAGCAUGCCGCAGGAUUCUCCAGCCUGCUACAGCGCCUCACAGAGAUAUCUUGACGAUGUUUCUUCAACUUAUUUUCUUGAAAUGCCUUAGUUCAGGGUUUCCCAAACUUGGUCCUUGGGACCCCAAGGCGUACACGCUUUGGUUUUUGCCCUAGCACUACACAGCUGAUUCAAAUAAUCAA